AUGGAUAUUGAAGAGAUUCUUGACAUUUUCAAAGAUUCACAACGCACUGUUAAUACUAAUGUGGCUUAUGAGGGAAGUAGUUAUAGUAAUGACAAUGCGGACUCGUCAUCGUAUGAAGAAGAUUUAGGUAGAGAUGGAAAAAGAGAACAAAAACCUAUUAGUCAGUAUGGUUGUGAAAUUAAAAUGCAGAUUGGUGGGUAUGAGAAUAUUGGUUAUUCUAAAAGAGACAUGUACAACGAGAAAUUUAAGGGAAUCAGGGUUAAGAGUUUUGACACUAAUGAUGCACUUGAUUUCCUUAAUGGAAUGUGUGAUAACGAUUAUAUGAUGUAUUUGAGACAUAUUGUGAAUGAGAAUUGUGAUUUUGAGGUUAAAGAGUUUGAUGUGGAAUGGAAUGCAUUGGUAAGUGAGUUUGGUUUGAAAGACAACCCUUGGAUGUUGGAAAUAUAUGAAAAGCUAAAUAUGUGGGCAACUACUCACAUGCGUGAACCCAGCUGUUACUCUAACCAGCAACUUCAUCACUUUCAACACUCGCCACAGCAACACACCAACUCGAGAAACUCAAAAACGAGUUAUCAUGGAUGCAAUCUUUCCUUAAAGACGCCGACUCAAAACAACAAUCCAACCAACGUCUUCGCACGCGGGUUUCCGAACCCAUUUCCACAACAAAAUCUUCACGCCUUUUCAUCUCUACAAACUCGGCACAAGAAUCGACAGAAUCCUUCGCAAAUCAAAGAUAUUUCAGAUAGACGUGAUACAUACGGAGUUGUUAUCAAAAGCCUUGACCCUAACCCUAACGCUAAUGACCGUGACGGUGAUAGCGAGAGAUUGAGGCUUUGGAGACAACCGUCGCCUUGUUCAGAAGAAGAGUAUGUUGUUGAGGUAAAAGAGGAUUUUGGUUCAAUUCUUACACAGUUGAUUACAUUAGAGCCAACACGACAUGUUGUUUCUAUUGUUGGUAUGGGUGGUUUGGGGAAGACUACAUUGGCUAAAAAACUGUAUAAUGAUAGUAGAAUAGCGAAUCAUUUUGAAUGUAAAGCUUGGGUUUAUGUUUCUGAAGAGUAUAGGGAUAAGAGGAAGGAGGUUUUACAAAGGAUUCUUAGAGGUGUUGUUGAUCCUCCUGCGGGAGAUGAGAUUGACAAGUUACUUGAACAAGAGUUGGUGAAUAAGCUUCAUAAUGUGUUGGCGGAGAAAAGGUAUUUGAUUGUUCUUGAUGAUGUUUGGGGUAUGGAAGUUUGGGAUGGUCUUAGAUACGCUUUUCCUAAGAGGAAAUUAGGGAGUAAGAUAUUGUUGACAACUAGGAACUGGGAGGUUGCUUUACAUGCUGAUGCACACGGUCAUCCUCAUCAGUUAAGGCUGUUGAAUCAUGAAGAGGGUUUCACGUUGCUUCGUAGUAAAGCUUUUCCUGGAGCGAGUGCGAUACCGUCUGAGUUUGAGAAUCUUGCUAAGGAAAUUGUGGUGAAGUGUGAAGGUUUGCCGCUUGCUGUUGUUGUGGUUGGUGGUUUGUUGUCUAGGAAGUUGAAGUCGAGUGGGGAGUGGGCUAGAGAGUUGCGGAAUAUUAGAGGGGGUUUGCUUGAAGAUCAGGAGAAGAUAACAAAAUUUUUGGCUUUGAGUUACAAUGAUUUGCCUUCGCCGUUGAAAUCUUGUUUUCUCUAUUUGGGUCUUUUCCCAAAGGGUAUGAAAAUUCAGACGAAAAGAUUGAUCAGAUUAUGGAUUGCUGAAGGUUUUUUACCACAAGAACGUGGCGAAACUGCAGAAGAUGUUGCUCAGAGAUACUUGAAUGAGUUGAUUGGCAGGUGUAUGAUUCAAGUGGGAACGGUGAGUUCGUUGGGAAGAGUUAAAACGAUUCGCAUCCAUGAUCUUCUUAGGGAUCUUUCGGUCACCAAAGGAAAAGAGGAGUAUUUUGGUGAUACGGCAGGCUCAUCAUCAUCAUCAUCAUCAUCUCAACUAACUAAAUCCCGACGGCAUUCUAUACAUUCUUGCCAUGAACAGUAUGAUUUCUUAAAAAACAUUGCAGAUUAUUCACGUUCUCUGUUGUUCUUCAAUAGAGAAUAUAAUGCAGAUGUAGACAAGAAAGUAUGGAUUCAUUUGAGUUUUAUGCAAGAAAAGAAAUUGAAUGUCAUCUACACUGAAUUUAAGCUCCUCAGGGUGUUAGAAUUAGACGGUGUUCGGUUAGUUAGCUUGCCAAGUACCAUAGGGGACCUGAUUCAGUUAAGGUAUCUGGGAUUGAGAAAGACCAAUCUCGAAGGAAAACUUCCACUUUCCAUUGGAAACUUGCUAAACCUACAAACACUUGAUUUAAGGUAUUGUUGUUUUCUUAAGAAAAUACCAAAUGUAAUUUGGAAGUUGGUGAACUUGAGACAUUUGCUGUUGGAUACACCGUUUGAUUCUCCAGAUAGCGGACAUCUACGGCUGGAUACAUUAACCAAUCUACAAAGCCUACCAUACAUUGAGGCUGGAAACUGGAUAGCAGAUGGUGGUUUAGCAAAUAUGACCAAUCUUAGGCAGCUCGGGAUAAAUGGAUUAUCAGGACCAGUGGUGAAUUCUGUUCUUUCUUCCAUACAAGGAUUACACAAUCUUCAUUCGCUGUCACUAUCACUUCAAUCCGAGGAAGAUGAAUUUCCGAUCUUUAUGCAUCUGUCUCAAUGCACACAACUUCAAAAGCUGUCUUUGAAUGGAAAGAUCAAGAAGCUACCCGAUCCACACGAGUUCCCGCCAAAUAUGUUGAAACUGACUUUACACAAUUCCCACCUACAGAAGGAGUCCAUUGCCAAACUUGAGAGAUUGCCAAAACUUAAAAUGCUCCUUUUGGGUAAAGGAGCAUACAAUUGGGCUGAAUUGAGCUUCGGUGCUGAAGGGUUUUCGCAGUUACAUGUUUUGCGGCUCAUUCUUUUGAAAGAAUUGGAGGAAUGGAAAGUUGAGGAAAAAGCAAUGCCAAUGCUUGAGUACAUGGUUAUUGAUCGGUGUGAGAAGCUGCGAAAGAUUCCAGAAGGACUGAAGGACAUCACUUCUUUGAAGAAACUAAAGAUUACAGGCAUGCCGGUAGAUUUUGAAUAUAGGCUUCGAACUAUAGAUUUGCUUGAGUUAAAAAAUACUCCAGUAAUCGAAUCGACAACAGACAUUUUAGCAAUUGAUUGAUUUCCAGCGCAGUGUUGGUGGGUGAUAGGAGAUUUCAUCUGAGGAAUGGACGCAAUUUCAUGUUCUGGUACUCCGUUAUACAGCACGCAAUCUUCAUUUUAUUUUGACAAUGCAGUGUGUGCUCCAAGUAAUUGUCAAAGCACCAACCAAACUUCUCUAAGUCAGUUUUUUGACACCCUUUUCUUCUUUUUUCCCACAUUCAUCUCACAAGAAUCCAUUUAACACACAAAAGAUAAGAACAUCAGAAUUAACAGAAUUUGUGACAAAUAGAGGCAUAGUUAUAUCUCACGACAUUGAGGAACUUCAAACCUUAGCCUAGGCAACAUUAGCUCAGCUCCACGGAUUUCAUUUCUAUUGUUUGUUAUUGUUGCAUCCUAUUAUUGUUAUGUAAGCUGUACUUUGAUAUUUGUAUAUUGUCUUAGCUUAUAUUCAAACACAUAAAGAUUGAACACUGUUCACUUCUAUUGUAUGUUUUAAAAUCCCCUUUCCGAGGUCUGUUCUAUUGCAUGAAGAAUAGUUAAAAGUUUCA